AUGUCUUUUCAAGAUUCCUCAUUGACUCCAACGAUGGAUGAUAUUAUUGAUAUUAAUAUGUUGCUUGGUGAGAUUGAGAAAGAGGAUACAAUGGAUGGAGGUAACAUAAAGAUCGGUGAGAUUAUUGAUUUGGAGCUUCCAGUUCCAACUGAGAACACUACUCAAAACACUACUACUGAAAAUAAUACUACUACUCAAAAUGCCACCACUACUGAUGGGUCAACUCCUCUAGGUGACCAAUAUGAGAGUUCUCAGAGUUAG